GACGUCACUGCGGCGCGCCGUUUCCGGUCCCCGGCGCCGGAGCGAAUGACUUACCCCUCCGUGGGGCCGGACCCGGGCUCACCGCGACCCCCGGGAGCCCACGAUCGCGCGGCGCCAGCCGGCGAGUACAUCAGCACCAGCAUCCCACCCGCCCCCGGGACCAUGGCCACUGACUCGUGGGCCCUGGCAGUGGAUGAGCAGGAAGCGGCGGCCGAGUCGUUGAGCAACUUGCAUCUUAAGGAAGAGAAAAUCAAACCAGAUGCCAAUGGUGCUGUUGUCAAGACCAAUGCUAAUGCAGAGAAGACAGAUGAAGAAGAGAAAGAGGACAGAGCUGCGCAGUCCUUACUCAACAAGCUGAUCAGAAACAACCUGGUCGAUAACAGAAACCAAGUGGAAGUCCUGCAGCGGGACCCAAACUCCCCCCUCUACUCAGUGAAGUCCUUCGAGGAGCUCCGGCUGAAGCCGCAGCUUCUUCAGGGAGUCUACGCCAUGGGCUUCAACCGUCCAUCCAAGAUACAAGAGAACGCAUUGCCUUUGAUGCUUGCUGAGCCCCCACAGAACUUAAUUGCCCAGUCUCAAUCUGGUACUGGUAAAACAGCUGCCUUUGUGUUGGCCAUGCUCAGCCAUGUAGAAGCUGCAAACAGAUACCCACAGUGUCUGUGCCUCUCCCCAACGUAUGAGCUUGCCCUCCAAACGGGAAAAGUAAUUGAGCAGAUGGGCAAAUUUUACCCUGAACUGAAGCUAGCUUAUGCUGUUCGAGGCAAUAAAUUGGAAAGGGGUCAGAAGAUCAGUGAGCAGAUUGUCAUUGGCACCCCCGGAACUGUUCUGGACUGGUGCGCCAAGCUCAAGUUCAUUGACCCCAAGAAGAUCAAGGUGUUUGUUCUGGAUGAGGCUGACGUGAUGAUAGCUACUCAGGGCCAUCAAGAUCAGAGCAUCCGCAUCCAAAGGAUGCUGCCCAGGAACUGCCAGAUGCUGCUUUUCUCUGCCACCUUCGAAGACUCUGUAUGGAAAUUUGCCCAGAAAGUGGUCCCAGACCCCAACAUCAUCAAACUGAAGCGUGAGGAGGAGACACUGGACACCAUCAAGCAGUACUACGUGCUGUGCAAUAACAGAGAUGAGAAGUUCCAGGCCUUGUGUAACCUGUACGGGGCCAUCACCAUUGCUCAAGCCAUGAUCUUCUGCCAUACCCGCAAAACAGCCAGUUGGCUGGCAGCAGAGCUCUCCAAAGAAGGCCACCAGGUGGCCCUGCUGAGCGGCGAAAUGAUGGUGGAGCAGAGGGCUGCGGUGAUCGAGCGCUUCCGAGAGGGCAAAGAGAAGGUGCUGGUGACCACCAACGUGUGUGCCCGCGGCAUCGACGUUGAGCAGGUGUCGGUCGUCAUCAACUUCGACCUUCCAGUGGACAAGGACGGGAACCCGGACAACGAGACCUACCUGCACCGGAUCGGGCGCACUGGCCGCUUCGGCAAGAGGGGCCUGGCCGUGAACAUGGUGGACAGCAAGCACAGCAUGAACAUCCUCAACAGAAUCCAGGAGCAUUUUAACAAGAAAAUAGAAAGAUUGGACACGGAUGAUUUGGACGAGAUUGAGAAAAUAGCCAACUGAGAAGCCCCACCAGUCCCUGGUGCCCACCCUUGGCACCCCCACUACAUGGCAGACUAGUGCUUUCACGUAGAGGCCUCAACCGUCACCAUGAAGAUGAAGGCACACGUAGAGAGAAACUACCUACCUCAUUUUAAAUUACGUUUGGACUCAACAGAAAUUGUGCAAAUGAUGGGGGAAGGUAGAAACAAUUGUUGACACAACUUUUGAAGAUUAGGCGUGAAUACACAGAAAUUUACCUUUUGGAAA